CAGCUUCAGCUGUUUGCUUCCUUUAUGAUUCCCAUUCAGAGUUUAAGAGGUGAAUGUUGCAUCUGGAACUAAUGAUAAAACUUGCACCUAAAGUGUGCAACAAGACCCUUUGGCCACACUGGGGUUCUGAGUAAGUUGGUGACCAGACAAUUUUGUUUUUAAAUUGUCCUGAUAAACUGGUACAGCUCUGAAACUGAUUGCUCACAGCGUGGAACCCCUCCUCAUCACUGGGUCUGAAAAGACACAGAAGACACACUGUCCUUGUUGCACAACUUCAGUCUGCUGGACACCAUCCUAGAAACUCUUGCUGCAGAAUUAUUUGCAUAGUGAGACAAGGGCAAAAGUGUAGAUGCAAAAGGUUGGUUUGGUCAGGAAUCUGGAAUAGUGCCUCUCUGCCCUGACACGAGAAGCAGGCUCUCCAGGACUGCUGUAACACGAGAUGUUCUGACUACCCAACUUGAAGAAAGUUGUUUCUUUUACGGGAAGAUAAUUUUCAUUGUAUUCAAACUACCAGACAGAAUACCCAAGUAUCUUUGAAGGGACUGAGAGAAUCAGAAAGCAUUCAGAACUAAAAGAAUGGAAAAGGCUGUCCUCAUCAACCAAACUUCAGUGAUGUCAUUUCGGCUCACAGGUUUAUCUACAAAUCCGAAAGUACAGAUGGCUAUUUUUUUCAUAUUCCUCAUUUUUUACGUCCUGACACUGGUUGGUAACAUCCUGAUUGUCAUAACAAUCAUACACGACCACCGGCUCCAUACUCCCAUGUAUUUCUUCCUCAGCAAUCUGUCCUUUAUUGAUGUCUGCCAUUCCACUGUCACUGUCCCUAAGAUGCUAAGUGACACCUUCUCAGAAGAAAAGCUCAUCUCCUUUGAUGCCUGUGUGGUCCAGAUGUUCUUCCUGCACCUCUUUGCCUGCACAGAGAUCUUCCUUCUUACUGUCAUGGCCUAUGAUCGAUAUGUGGCCAUUUGUAAACCUUUGCAGUAUAUGACAAUAAUGAACUGGAAGGUGUGUAUGAUGCUGGCAGCAGCCCUAUGGAUAGGGGGAACCAUCCAUUCCAUAUCUCUCACCUCACUCACCAUCAAGCUGCCCUACUGUGGUCCUGAUGAGAUUGACAACUUCUUCUGUGAUGUACCUCAAGUGAUCAAACUGGCUUGCACUGACACCCACAUCAUUGAGAUUCUCAUUGUCUCCAACAGUGGGCUGAUCUCUGUGGUAUGUUUUGUGGUUCUUGUAGUGUCCUAUGCAGUUAUCCUUGUGAGUCUGAGGCAACAGAUCUCUGAUGGCAAGAGGAAAGCCUUGUCCACCUGUGCAGCCCAUCUCACCGUAGUCACUCUGUUUCUGGGACACUGUAUCUUCAUCUACUCACGCCCAUCCACCAGUCUUCCUGAGGACAAGGUUGUGUCUGUGUUUUUCACUGCUGUUACCCCUCUACUGAAUCCCAUAAUCUACACCCUUAGGAAUGAGGACAUGAAGAGUGCCUUGAACAAGUUAAUUAAGAGAAGAGAAAAGUGAAAAUGAUAAGCCCUUAGGAUUCUUGAUGAUCCAAACCAAAACAGCAACUAUUAUAUUUACCAGAUGAUAUGACUUAUAACAUUU